GUUCUCUUGCAGCCAAUGCAACAUGCCUCCGAAACGCGAAACCACCUCUCGCACUCGAUCAAAACCCUCCACCUCUUGCAAUGACGUCGACGCGUUGGCAAAGCACCUGGCGUCAGGACUGACACUGAAGGGGAAGCAGAAGGCCGUCAACGCCGAGGACACCAGAGUAGCGGCGAUGCGAACGGUGAACGCCGUCUCCAAACAGCUCUCUGCACUCUUAGACAAGCCGUCGAGUCGAGUGACGGUGAAGAUCGGAGAUGCUCGGAAGGGACUUCGGAUGUUGAGGGAGGAUGGACGAUCGGGUGUGGACGUGGAGAGAGCCGCGUCCAGUCUGGUCGCAAAGCUCGUUGCCCUCAACAAGCACAACGACGCGCUCUCUCUUCUCUCAGAUAUGCACCCUGCCCUUGUGGCGCUCUACCACCCUGGUCCCUGUCCAUCCUCUCUUGCUUCUCUCCCUCUCCCUCCCCCGUCCGACUCGGAUGUACUUCUCCCUCUGCUUGCCUCCUAUCUCCUCCACUCUAUUCAGCUAUCCCCACAAUCUAUCCUCUCUGCCGACAAUACUUUGUUCCACUGGAUUCCGUACCUGCCGUCCAAACUACUCGACGGCAUCCUCACCAAGGCUUAUUCUGCCCUCUCCAAAUCAAAGUCUCAGGCUCAAGAUUCUGAUGGCUUUACUGUCCGCAUCUAUGCACUCAAGUGCCUUUUGCAUACCUCGAUCGGCGUGCUCAGUGACCCUGCCAAAUUCUGGUCUGAACUACUCAACGUCCUCUCUUCCUUCUCUCCAUCUGUAGCGCCUUCCCUCGUUCUUUCUGCUCUCGGCGACAUCGUUUCUCUUGUACAACAACGCUCAGAUGCGCCAGCAUUCUUCGCUGCGAGUACUUGGCCCAGAGUCGUCGAUGGCUGGUGUUCCAUGGCGAAGCAGGCGGCGGAUAUGACGGCUCUCGCGCGUAUGUCUGGUCUGCUUCCUUCCUCUUCGACCCCCUUCACACAGCACACGACACCUCCUCAACUCGAGGAUGCACAUGAAGCAACGGCGUCAAGCGAGGCAGAGAGUGCGAGGUUAUGUACCCUCCUCGCUCGAUUGGAAGUUUCGUUCUCGAGCGAGGGACAUGAUCUCCCACAUGACCUUGACAGCAGCGAGGUGAUCGUCCAAACGCGACCCUUCCUCUCCGCCAACACGAAAUGGGCAGAGAAGGUCUACAGGGCUCUCGAACGCGUUCGUCGACUGGUGUGCAAAUCGCUCGAGUCCAACCAGUCGCAAAUGCACGCCAGUGCACUCGUCAAAUGCAUCGCAGACGUUCUGACCAGCAUACCGAACCACGAUUCAAGAAUCAAGUCAAGUGCCCUCGACACAUUCUUUACACUCGCACGCACCACGGCUACAUCCGCGCUAUCUGACCCCACGUCCACCUUUGACGAACCGUUCCACUUGCUUGACCGUGCCCGACGACUACUCUCUUCGUCAUCGUCAUCCGAAGAACUUCUCAUUACAGAUGAUCCAAACUUGGACCCGGAGCACGUGCGAAUGCUGGCCAAUGCGUACUAUGCACUCGCCGGGACGCUAUACAAGGCGUCGAAAUUCGACUUUGCGGUGAGGUUCUUGGAGCGCGCUUGUCGAUGUUCCUCCGUCGCCCUCCGUCUUUUUGACUCCCGUCCACGCAAAGACGUCGAUGCGGGUGAAGAGAAUGAGAAUGAGGGCGAGAGCGAGGGAUGGAGGUUGUUGAGGGAGACAUUGUAUAAACGAUAUGAAGUCCUCGGGGUAUGUCAUUCCAAGACUGGAGACCGGAAGAUGGCCUAUGAGGCAUUCGUGAACGCCAUUGCCGCAUUCCCCUACAACACUCGGGCUUCCGGGAUGUUGUCGACGUCGACGUCGACGUCGGGAUCGUUAUUGUUGGAUAGUCAAGUGGCGACGUUGGUGGAUCGGGUGACGUAUAUGGGGACGUGUGAGUUGUUCUUGGAGCCAAAGGAGGUGUCGUUGAGAAGCCGCAUGAACAAUCAUUGUCAACUGGCGAUGAUGUCUGCGUCUGCGACUCGGAUGUCUCGUUCCAAACGGCCUCUGCAGGCACAGGCUACCAGUGUGACACGAGCUAAAGCAAAGGGCAGACCUGGCGCGAAACGCGCUGAAGCCGAACCCGAGAAGAGUGUUGUGGAUGUGGACGAUCAGAGGAGACUAUACACAGGUGCGAUACUGGAACGGCAGAUGGACUCGCUCGAUGCGAGUCGGUAUAAGGGAUUGGUGAGGAAGACGAUUGGGGUGUUGAUUGAGGAGGCGUUGGAGGUGUAUUCGGGUGCGAGGGAUGGUGUGAGGAGAGCUGGUGCGCUUGUGAGGUGGUUGGAACAUCACUAUUAUUCACCGGCUGAAGAAGACGAAGAGGGAAGACGGGUGGAGGAUGUGGUAAAGGAAGUUGAGACAUUGCUCUCCGACUCGUCCCCACCGUCCGAACCGAACCCUGUCGUCCUUCAAUAUCUCGCUUCGGCACAUUUAUGGCACGCGCUACACACUCAUAAACAAAAUGACGCCACCCAGUUCCCUCGUGUCGUCGACCACGCAGAAGAAGCUUGCAAAGUCCUCAAGACCCUCCUCGCACAAACGCCUUUACAACCUCGACCCAGUCAAGCGCAGAGAUUCUCCUUGCCCAGGGUCUCAUUUGGCUCUGGUUCCGGCACGAAGAGGUCACCUGUGAAUGGGAGAAAGGUAGCCGGCAGUGGAUCACCAUUAACAAGGAGAGUUGGACAUUCGCCUGUGAGUAGGAAAGUCGUCGGGUCGCCUGCGUCCCCGAGAGUGAGGACAAGGGCUCAGUUGGUUGUGCCUGCUGCGCCGACGAAGAAGGGUAGGAGGAGCAGGAUUGCUGUUAGUACUCGGAGUACGAAGGCUGCUGCUGCUGUUGCGACGUCUUCGAGAACGACGAGAGGUAUGAGGAGUGGCAAGGCGGCUGAGGUUAACUCUGUUACGCCAAAAGCAAAGAAUUCUCUGGACCCGUCAAUGUCCGCUCGACCUGUUGCUAACGAAUUGAAGACAUCACCCAAGACUACUACAAGCCUGGAGAUAUUACCGAAAUUGUUAGAUUUGCUUCGUAUGGUCUCAGAGCUCCUUGGUCUACUAGGCCAUGUCAUCACGCGAAUCCAUGUCCUCAGCGUCAUUAGACGACUAUCCGAAAGGAACUUGGCUUCUCAGCCUGAUGACCACGUCCGGGCUUCGAUCGACCUGGCGCAUGAGUACGUCAAGCUCGGCAAGACUCAACGAGCUGCAAAUGUUUAUUCGCAUGUAUACAACGUCGCGAAGAAUGCUCUCAUACGGAACGAGACAAGAAUUCUGUAUUAUUUGCGAUAUGCCGAGUUGUUUGGGACUGUUGGAAAUGUUUUGAAGAGCUCGAGUAUUUACUGCGAAGCCACAGCUAUGGCUGAUAGACUUUUGACGUCAGAAAAAGGUUUGUCUACAGCGCAGAAGAUCACGGCAAGGGUCUCGACGCUGGAACGUGCAGCAGUCGCAGCAAGCACAUUCGCUGUCAUCCAAUAUUCCAAGAUGGACAUGAAGGACGACCCUACAACGUCCCUCAAUGGCCUCCUGCAAUCACUUCGACUAUACCAUCGUGCAAUCGACACCCUCAUCCGUCUUCUUCCGCCUCCGCCUACCUCUGCAAAAGACACUACAGACUCUUCCAAUCCCUUCGACAUGGCCUCUAUGAAAGCCGCCUUACCAUCCGCGGAGGAGACUGACAACUCUAAACCACCCCCGCUCGACCAACCACAGCAAAAACCUUUCCCACAGCGCAGCUCACUCUCCUCUCUCGAGCUCCGAAUUUCCUCCGGUCUCCUCUCUACCCUAUUCUCACUCACCCAGGCUUACUUUGCUCGCGGAUCAGCACGAGAAGCCGAGUACUUUGCAUCUCAGGCACGCGAUCUCGCAGAAUCGUUGCAUGCACCAGCGAUGAUAUGUCGUGCGCUCUCACGUAUGGGCGAAAUCAAGCUGAGGAUGGGUAAAAUCGAUGAGGCCCAUGAGUGUUUAUCAGAAGCUGCGGCGCUGGUUAGUGACGUUGGAGUUGAAGCUGUAGAUAUUGCGCGUUUGAGAGGGGAGGUGGUGAUGAAAGUUAGAAUGGAGAGCGGUGAUGAGGUCGAUCAGGCCAAGGUUAUGUACGAAGAAGCGAUAAAGAUGUUGGAGGAACUCGAUCAGACGUUUUCUGCUCUGGACGGCUCGCCGGGACCUAGGAAAUCUUUGGGUAACUCACCGCUUUCUCCCCGACAGGCCAGAGAGGAGGCUUUCGCGCCGUCGUUGCUCGUUGCUGUCCUUCGGCAGAACAUUGCACUGCUUCAUGACGCUGGAGAAGAAUAUAAGGCGUUGCUGGAGAGGCUCCGUUCUCUUCCGGCUACAUCGGAGACAAAGGCGGAGGAGAAUGCUCUGUUGGCGAAGUUAACGCUAGAUGAUGCCUAUGCUCGAUUCCGUGCCGAUAUGUUCCUCAGCUCGUUGGCCGAAUCCCCUAUUAGCGUACCCAUGGGGAUGACUGGCGGACGAUUUGCGUCCUCGCCCACGACACAAGAAAUCCUCGGCACUUUGAACGCUGCGGAGAAACUUUUCUGGUCCGAUUUGGCCCUUGUCGCUCGCAGAGGGAACGUCUCACACGUACGGGAUUCCGUGAUAUCGCUGGCCUUGAUCAGAGCAUUCCAGACUUCCUUGGGGAAGAGCGGAAAACAGGGUGCGACACUAGCUGCGCAUUUGCUUGACUCCUCUGCUGCCAUCACACUCGGGCGAGAGAUACUAGAAGCCAUUCAACACAAAUUCCCAGGCGUAUGGAACGAUGACCUCCAAUGGCCGUUGCUCACUCCGAACGGCACCGUUCUGCCACCUCCGGCGACACGCAAGACUAGAGUUCUCAGUUUCGAUUCGGACGACGACGAUGACAACAUACCCGACGAGGCAGCGUCCAGCAAAGUGUACUGGGACUACAUUGCAUCCAGAUAUCAAGCCCAAAUCUAUGGUCCCGCCGCGCUCUCUUCCUCUCCAACUGAUUCACUUCCGCCGAACUGGACUGUUGUCACCCUUAAUCUGACGUCAGACGAGAAUACUCUAUUUCUCACUCGACAGCGUCCCAAUUCGGAACCUCUUGUGUUCUGCGUGCCUCUCAAGAAUCGUCGAGAGGCCGACGAUGAGGAAGAAGACAAGUUGACCUUCCAAGAUGCGAUGAAUGAGCUGCAGGAGAUAAUCAAACUCAGUGACGAAGGAACCAGGGACGCUGUCAAGGUCAAGCGUGAUGACAAGAACGCCAGAGCGCAGUGGUGGGCGGUAAGAACAGAACUGGACAAGCGAUUGAAGACGUUCCUGGAGAACCUGGAAUUCUGCUGGUUAGGCGCGUUCAAGACGAUCCUAAGUGAACCAACCACACUUUCCUCAGACGUCUUGUCGACAUUCCGUGGUCGUGUCGAAAAGAUCUUCAAGCACAGUCUUCUUCGGAACCAGCAGGACAAGAAGCAGCUAGCUGGGAUUCGUCUCUCCAAUACGCUGCUGGAAUGCUUCAGUGCGCUCUCCCCUACUUGCGAUUCUGAAGAACUUGAAGACAUCGCAUACUUUGUUCUCGAUCUGUAUCAAUUUCACGGCGUGCCGGUUGCGUCGUCGGAGAUUGACAUAGAUCACGUUACGGUUGAAUUACGCUCCGCUCUCGAAGAACUCAAUGCCAUAAAGGCGAAGACGCAGACAGUCCAGAGGACCGACGAACAUAUGUUCUUAAUUCUUGACAAAAACCUGCAAGGGAUUCCUUGGGAAAGUAUACCCAUCCUCCGCGGGCGGAGUGUCAGUAGAAUACCCUCUCUUUCUUUCCUUUUGGAUCGUCUCGCGCUGGCCCGAUUCCAGCGCGGGAAAGCACUCGACUCUCCUACUUCUGAACAUCUCGAUCGCAUCCUCGUCAACCCGCGCAAGACGUAUUUCAUUCUGAACCCAAGCAGUGACCUGAAGAAUACCGAAGGCCGUUUCGCACCGUGGUUGAAAGAAAUGAAAAAAAGCGUCGGCUGGGACGGAAUCAUCGGUCGCGCCCCAAGUGAGCAGGAAUUUGUGGAUGCAUUGAAACGAGAAGACUUGGUCAUCUACUUCGGCCAUGGCGGUGCGGAACAGUACAUCCGCUCGCACAAGGUUCGCCACCUUCCACGCUGUGCUGCAACGAUGCUCUGGGGUUGUUCGUCCGGCGCAUUGAGGGACAUGGGCGACUUCGAUCGGGUUGGCACGCCGUACAACUACAUGUUAGCCGGGUGUCCCUCGCUGGUUGCCAACUUAUGGGAUGUGACUGAUCGGGACAUCGAUAAAUUCUCACAAUCAGUCUUCGACAAGCUUCAUAUGACCGCUGAUGAGAUCCUUGCGAGUAAAACUGGCGAGGAGGAGUCGAUUGUGAGGGCAAUUGCGCAGUCGCGAGACUCGUGUAAGUUGAAGUAUUUGACGGGGGCUGCGCCGGUCGUGUAUGGCAUUCCUUUCUAUCUCUGAGCUACUUAGGAGAAGAAAGAGGAUAUUCGCAUCUUAUUUACUACUCGCAUUUCUUGCUGUACGGUUGAUAGUAGAAAUUCGAGCAAUUUUUGAUUUUAUUAAGAUUUGUAUUUAUGGCCUGGUGGUCUAGUAGUAUGAUUCCUUCUUAGGGUUUGCCC